AUGGGUCGCAUGCACAGUGCUGGGAAGGGUAUCUCGAAGAGUGCCCUUCCUUAUAGGCGUUCCGUGCCAUCAUGGCAGAAGAUGUCAGCGGAUGAAGUGAAGGAACAGAUUUAUAAAUUGGCAAGAAAAGGUCUAUCGCCUUCACAAAUUGGUGUUAUUUUACGUGAUAGCUUCGGCGUGGCCCAAGUCAGGUGGUUGGCAGGAAAUAAGAUCUUGCGUAUACUCAAAGCCAAAGGACUCGCCCCGUCCAUCCCCGAGGAUUUGUUUCAGUUGGUGAAAAAGGCGGUUGCCAUCCGUAAACAUCUCGGUCGAAAUCGUAAAGACAAGGAUGGAAAGUUCCGUCUAAUUCUUGUUGAAAGCAGGAUCCACCGUCUGGCACGGUACUACAAGACCCGCCGUGUGUUGCCUCCCAACUGGAAGUACGAUAGUGCUACAGCAUCCACACUUAUUGCCUGA